ACAUGAUAGUACUGUUGAUUAACUCGUGACCUUUCUAAGAAACUUCUGUCCCUUUUCUCAACACGCGAACUACUUUAUUUUGUAAAGUCAAGAUUUGUGUCGCCGUUUAAAAUGUCAACUUACCGUAAACUGCUUUACACACCGCUCUUUGGUUCUCAGCCGUUCCAACCUGACAAGAAAACAGGACGAAACGGAGAAAACAAACUGAGAAAGAAAAUGAACACGAUGACUCAAGAGGGAACUCCACUUAUGUUUGACACUAGUCCUGAAAUAACACCAUGCUUUUCAAGAAAGGUGAAAAUACACCACCUUUUGAGGGUUUACUCGAAUGUGGGGAUCUCGAAGAAAAAGUCGUCGGUUAAUCUGAGAGAAUCUAACGGCAGAAAACCACAGCGCGCCAGACAUACAGCGAGAGAGCCAUUAUCUGAUGAUUUUGUGUUUCCGUCAAGAAGGACUCGAAGCGAAAAUAAAAUGGCCCAAACAAAACAGGAUGUGUUGAGGACGAUCAAGAGAAUGGUAGAGGAGAACAGGGUCACCAGAGUGCGAUUACUCGCCUUGAGGCAGAUGAGCAGAAGCAAAUGAGGUGGUACCACAUGAAAAGAACAUUAAAAAGGAAAAGACAUUCCUCUGUGUACAUGCCAGUGCCUUUUGUAAGCUAGAGAGGGAAUUUGUUGAUCCUUUAACUUUCUGUUAAUUGCUCUAAAAAAGUCAAUAUAUGUUACACAUUUUCAGAACUAAAUUAAAUGCUCUGGAGGAAACUAGUAUGUCUGACAGAUCACCACUAGAUGGUGAUAUUUCCUAAAUUAAGAGCAGCUGAAGAAAUUGGUUUGAGGUUCACAUUAAAAUAUUUAUUUAUUUAUUUAUUUAUUUAUUUAUUUAUUUAUUUAUUCACUUGCAAUUGUAAGUAUUUUAGAGGUAAUUUAUUAUCUUUUCAAUAUUUAUUGAUAAGUAUUUAUUGAUUUUUAUAUGUAGACCUAUAUUUUGGGCUAAUUCAUGCCAGUAAUUCAAGUAACUUAACUUUUAAUGACUGUGUUCACCCAUAAAAUGCUGAUUUAACACUUCAGUGUUGCUGUGAAUAUUUGUUAUGGUGUUGACCACAUUGUGUUUGUUGCUA